CGUGAAGGUGAGGUUGGAGAAGUAUGAAGAUGACAUUGUAUUUUUUCAGUGCUCAGGAGCUGCUUCGUGUAGCCAGCAAACACGAUUUCAGCCUCAAUAUUUUACGAUACGGGUGUCUAAAUACGGGUGUCUAAGAACUGCUUUGGCAUUGGCGUGAAAUCCCCGGCAGUCGGUGAUGGUCCUUCUGCUGCGUCUUGCAUGGAUCCGCCGGCACAGUGUGCAUGCGAACUCCAUUACCACCAUCACCACCACCACCACCACCACUACCACCACCACCACCACUACCACCACCACCAUCACCACUCCCACAAGCACCACCAUCAACGCUACCACCACCACACCCCUUCCUUCCAUCUCAGUCAACGUCAGUCUCAGUCUCAAACCACAGCAGGUUUCCAGGCUGAUGCUGCGGUCGGAGAAUCACAUGGGGUGUGGUGUGAGCAAAAACAAAUCGCCUGACAUUGCCGGAAGAAUUGUGGGAGGCAUCACAGUGCACAAAAAUGAAAUCCCGUGGCAAAUCAGUCUGCAGCUUGGAAAGAGACACGUCUGCGGCGCCGUCGUCAUUGACCGGCUUUGGGUGACGAGUGCUGCCCACUGCUUGAACUCAAUUGACAUAAAGGAGCUGCACGUGGUGGCCGGCGAGCACCACCUGGAGACACAAGACCUGGAACAGCGUCGUGAAGUGAAGGAAGCCAUUGCACAUCCCAAUUUUGAUCCAACAACAAAUGAGAACGAUAUCGCUCUCCUGCUGCUGGCCAAGCCUCUGAAGCUGGAUGGAUUGACCGUCAACCCUGUGUGUCUGCCGCCCUUCAAGGCUAAUGUCACAGGUUUCUGCGAGGUGUCAGGCUGGGGUUUCACGAAGGAGGGCGGCGCGAGGUCAAACAUCCUGAAGAAGGUUGCGGUGCCCAUCAUUAGUGACGCGGACUGUCGAAUUCAUUAUGACAAGACGCCAAGGAAGGUCACCGACAGUAUGAUCUGCGCAGGAUUCACCGAAGGGAAGAAGGAUGCAUGCCAGGCUGAUUCAGGUGGUCCGCUGACUUGCUUGGGCCAAGACGACCGGCACUUCCUGGUGGGAUUGGUGUCGUGGGGCAUAGGAUGUGGACAGCCCCACUUCCCCGGCGUAUACACAGAGGUGAGUCACUUCGUUAAGUGGAUCGACAGAGUCAUGAGCACCCAUUCCUCCACAACGUAGUUUCUCACUCCGAGGAGAACCUCACUCCACGCCGCCCACCCACUGGCACCAGGAAAACAGGAAGAAAACCCUGAAGAUAGACUCAGAGCUGCGAUACGAGAAUCUUCGUUCUUUGUAUUCCCGCGGAUGUAUGGCGCCUUACAUCAGGAUGUGACAGAAGCGGACCAGCCUUGCCUUUUCGAUGCGUGAUUUCACAAUUUUGUAAUCAUGGAAGUACAAGCGUGUAGAGAAUAUGGGAUGCUUUAUAAUUUAUGCCUACAUCUAGAGUCACUCCAUGACCACAAAGGAGAGUAUAUCCGAGACUUUCCAGUUCAUGCCGUGGUGAGGAGAGGCGAGAUCGGGGAGUGUGCAGCAAUGCCUAGUGAACCGCCAAGUGCCAAUGUCUCUCUCUCAUUUGUCACUUGUGACGUCAUGUUGCGAUUUCUUGAAUUCUCCAUCUUCCACUGCUGCUUUUGAUUUUCAUGACAUUUACUCAAUGCUGGCUAUGUUUUUUUUUUUUUUUUUUUUUUUUUUUUUUUGUAAAUUCCAAAAGUUAAUAAUCUUCCUUGAAACAACGCCCGGAGAUUUUAACUUACUGUUUAAGUAUGGAGAAAAUAAUAUUUUUAGAAAACCUUUUUUUCUUUUUUUCCAUGAAGUUGUAAUUUUUGCUCGUCUCUCAGAUAAGUGCAGCGACAUCACAUCAUUAUUACAGUGUUACCAGAGUUUCCUUCACAAGGAAACACCAGCGAUAGUGACAGAGUUGUCAAGUAUCUUUUUUUGUUAUCCUGUUAAUAAAAAAUUCCUGCAAGAAA